AUGUUCGAAUGGAGCCCGGAAACCAAGGUCCUCGCCAGCUGUUACUCCGUCAACACUCGAAGCGCGACCCUCAACAGUUUCCAUUAUUGCACUACAGAGCCCAGUGGUAUCCCUGAGGUCCCCACUGGGCAUAAAUUCCCCCCGAUAAGUCCUCCCACAAAUGUGUCGGCCACUGCGGCAGCAUCAGCAGUGGUGGCCGACCAAUUCCGGCCGUCACCAAAAGCACCGGGAUGUGAUGGGGAGGCAGUGCAAACUAUCACGGAAGAGUGUGAGAGGCUCUUCUGCGACACAUUGUGGUCAAUGUUCCUUGGUGAGAGGCAACUUGCUCCACAACAGUCGCUGGUGAUAGGUGCGACUCACAAUGACAAUAACAACAAUAACAAAGGGGUAAACGUAUCCGAAAUAUUGAGGAAAAGGGCGGUUGGGCGAAUUCAGAACUUUAUUGAAAACGCUGUUGUGUUCUUUGACAACCAUAUCUGUGCUGGGCAAGGGUUGAAAUCUGGAUUGAUGGCAUUGUUUGAAAUUGGCAGUAUGACGGAUCUCGGCUGCUCAGAAAUGGUUGCUUGCGUUGAUCGAUCGAUGGACGCGGUGGAGCUCGAUGCUGUAAUGCGAAAUCUGGGCUGGGUUGGGUUUGAAUUGAGUACUUUACGUGAUUGGGUGGUGCCUCCUGCGAAGGGCCAAUUUAUCAGUAACAAAUGGCUGUUUAUGACAGUUGAAAUCUGA